GUAAAGAGAGGAGAGGGGAGCAGUGAACGCUUCAACGGCAUUAUUUCCCGGCAAGCUAUACUUGUUUCUCUCUCUCUUUCUUGAUCUGUGGAUGAUCAUCCGCUCAUUUCUUCACUAACGUUCGUUUCUAUUCUGAAAUUUCUUACCAAUUCAUUCCAGGCUUACUGUACAUUUGCUUCUCAGAGGUGGGAUUAGGGUUUCCUUGGAACAAUUUUAUUUGAUUAUAUUUGGAAGGAGUUGGAGGAGACGACAACAGGAAACGGAAGGAACCCAGAUGGAGAAUUGCAUGUGAUAUCAUCAGGUCUUCUCAAGAAGAUCUGAAAGGAUUCAUUUUGUUGGGAUAUAGAUAAGAUAAAGAUAUGAGCGCGUCCAGAUUCAUUAAGUGCGUCACCGUCGGUGAUGGCGCUGUUGGAAAAACUUGUCUUUUGAUUUCUUACACUAGCAACACAUUCCCUACGGAUUAUGUGCCAACUGUAUUUGACAAUUUUAGUGCAAAUGUGGUUGUCAAUGGAGCCACGGUCAAUCUUGGAUUGUGGGAUACUGCAGGUCAGGAGGAUUACAACAGAUUAAGACCCUUGAGUUAUCGUGGGGCAGAUGUCUUUCUCCUCGCAUUCUCUCUAAUUAGCAAGGCCAGCUAUGAAAAUGUUUCCAAAAAGUGGAUUCCGGAGUUGAAUCACUAUGCUCCUGGCGUCCCUAUUGUUCUUGUUGGAACUAAAAUUGAUCUACGCGAUGACGAACAGUUCUUCAUUGACCAUCCUGGUGCUGUCCCAAUUACAACUGCCCAGGGGGAGGAACUAAGGAAGCUUAUUGAGUCACCUUCUUACAUUGAAUGUAGUUCGAAAUCUCAACAGAAUGUGAAGGGUGUUUUUGAUGCUGCGAUAAAAGUUGUUCUCCAGCCACCGAAACAGAAGAAGAAAAAAUCGAAAGCACAGAAAGCUUGCUCUAUAUUGUGAAUUCUUCAGCUCCCAUUUGAUUCCUUUUUUUAUAUAUAUAUAUAUAUAUAUAUGCUAUCAGUUGUUGUAGUAUUAUCAUUAUAUUUUACUAGACCGACCAACCAACCAACCUAAUUUCCUGAAUUAUUAUUAUUAAAUUAUUAUGCAAUUGUUUGGCUGAUUUUAU